AUGGCAGACUCACUAGCACAGGCACUGCAAUCGCUAACGCUGGUUCGGCAACUGAUAGCCACUGGCACUCUCGGCCCCGAUGAGGAGAUCGAGGCUCGUGAGGCGUCGGCUCAGAUAGCAGAAAUGCUCUUCAAUGCCAGCCGCGACCCGUCUCGCCUCACGGAAGCCACUCAGCAUUAUCAAGCCAUCAUUCGCCUGCUCAAGACUCCUUCGCAACGACGAGCCAAGUUCCUCGACAAGCUGGCGUACCUGGAAAUGACCGUCUUUGACGUGACCAAAUCCAUGAACGUGCUUGAUGAUUCCAUUGCCCACUCGAAGCAAGCAAGAGAUGAGGCUCUGCCAACAAAUACUUCCUUGCUGCGUACAAUCUACGAAAAUCUGGGGUACAGCGUGUCGCACAGAGCGCAAUUGAAGGAUGACUCCGCGGAUCUCGAUGAAGCCAUCACCUGUGGCAGAGAAGUCCUCAGACUAUCAUCGCCCGCCAAUGUGGAACAUCAGCUCAGCACGAAUAACCUGGCUGCUCGGCUACACGCUCGAUACAAGAUGCAUCAUCGCUCGGUCGAUGCAGAAGAAGCCCUGUCGCUGAUCGAAGAACAACUUCAACGUUUCCCGCCGAGCUCGCCUCAGCAUGCCGCGGCACUGCUGGUGAGGGCCUACAUCCUACACGACAGAUAUGAACAGACAAAGGACAUACAACAUCUUGAACACGCUAUCGUCGGCUUUCAGGUCGGUUUGCAGACAGUCGGGAAAACACAUGAGCGGGCCCCAGAGAUCCUCCGCCUACUAGCGAUAUUGCACAACCAGAAGUACACUAAGACAAAUGCCAUUGCCGAUCUGGCAGCUGCCGUCGAGUACUCGAAGGCCAAGCUUCAGCUGAUACCACGCACCUAUCAGACUCGACCGGACCACGUCGCGGACUACCUGACCCAUCUUGUGGAGUACAUCCUGGUGGUAGACUCGUUGGCGACAGUAGAAAAUGCACUCGAAGAAGCUCGCGCAUUACGAGAUGAAGUACAAAAAGCACAUACAAAGCGACACUCAACCAACCUGUCACUAACUGGUAUCCUGUCCCAGCGAUGUCUAUUAUCCCACGAUGUUAGGCACUUGCGCGAGGUCGUUGCCUUCGCGUUGGACAGCAUUAAGGCAUGGAACGAGAAGCUCAACAUCACCCAACCAAAGGUCCCCACGGAAGGUCUAAUUCGUUUUUCUACGUGCCUGAGAGAGAUUGAGCUUGCUCCCGAGGAAGCCCCUGUAAGACAUCAGGCUCUUGAGCAACUCUUCAAAUGGCAUUCGGUUGUCCAUCAAUCUCGCACGCCGCUCGACAGUAUGGUCCAUACGGCGCAUCGUCAUGGCGACGAACUCAAUGUCUUCUCCCGCAAUCUGGAAUCCAACGAACGGCUUUCGGAAGAGCAGAUCAGAUCUGGUAUCGAAGUGCUGCAGAACGAAACGAGUGCAAACAAUGCCGAAGAUGGGAACAGACGAGCCCGAGUGCGCGCCUUCAACCGGGACGAUCACAUCGACCCAUUCUUCGGCCAUAGGCAGCUGGCAGUCGACCCUUUGCGCAAACGAAUCAUCAUUUCCAUGGAGGGCAACGUCAAGAGCGUCUUAGGCUACAGCGAUGACGAGGAAGAACCAAAGUCGUGGGCUGAAUACGAAGCUCGAGAAGCCCGACUCGAACGUGAGAGCUUUGAAAAGGACAAAGAGCAAGGAAAACCCCCCAAUCCUAAACUUUGCCGGGUAUGCAGAUACGUCAAGCUGCUCAAGCCUGCGGAACCUGGCGCGACGUUUACCUGGAAUACUCAGCAAUACUUUCCCUUUGGGACAUUUGCUCAGCUGCUCACCAGGAAGCACUGUUCCAUCUGUCGCUUGGUGUUAUCCCUCUGUUCAGCGGACGAGGGGAGCUCCCUGCAUCCGCAACUGGCUCAGAUUGAUCGAGAGAUUCAAGGCACACAAUUUCAUGCGCAGAAACUCCCUUCUGGCGAGAUUCUGCUGGGCGUGGAAUAUGGCAUGAUGACUGUUGGAGCCUUGAGAAUCGUCAACCACAGAAAUCUGCCAGCAGCCGUGAGACAAACAACACGAGUAUCCAGUUUGAGAUCUGUCCUCGAAAAUGCGCAUGGAGCUGGACUUCCGAUUGACCAAGGAGAUCAAAGAGUAGACUUCCAAAAAAUACGUGGCUGGCUCUACGAGUGUCAUAGUCACCAUGGAGAACUCUGCAACAAUCUGGGCGACAGUCACAGAUACGCCGGUGACAUACCAUUGAUUCUGGUUGACGUUCAGGACAACUGCUUGGUCUCUGCGACAUCCGCAGAGAGGUAUUUGACUCUCAGCUACGUCUGGGGGAAAGUUGACAUUGCCACUACCACGAUCGCCUUGCUCAAGGAUCGCCUGCAAAAGUCGAGCUUGGAUCCGUCAGAGUUCCCUAACACAAUAAGGGACGCGAUGACUGUGGUUCGAGCCAUGGGCGAGCGGUACCUAUGGACCGAUGCGCUUUGCAUAAUCCAGGACGAUACCGUCAGACGCAAACGAGAUAUAACGCGGAUGGAUAUCGUGUACAAGAAAGCAUUCGCUAACUUGGUGGCCCUCUCCGGUACUGAUGCCAAUGGCGGACUACCAGGUGCUACAGCCAAUUCAAGAUCUCCUCAAAGGAUUGAAGUGCUCGAAAUCACCAAGGGCUCCACGGAUCUGGCCUUGCGAGACGAGCCCGGCGCCGAGACAGAAGCGGUCUGCAUCGUCGCCACUCCCCAUCCACUCUCCUUUGCUCAGACAAGCUCGAUGUGGAAUACGCGUGGCUGGAUCUUACAGGAACAGACGCUGGCGCGUCGAAACAUCUACUUCUCAUCCAGUUAUGUGUAUUUUCAGUGCAACGAGAAGAUCCUCUGCGAAGUCACCUUGGAAGGGAAGUAUAUCAACAACUCCAAGGACGACGAGAACGACGAUGAUCAGACGACCGCCAUCACUAUCAAGAACCCAGUCUCAGAGCUCAGGAAGCUACGUGGCAUCCCGCCACAGGAUCAUCUAGAAGGGGUCUUCAAGGCCUACAGCGAACUGGUGGAGAUGUACACGACACGCAACUUGACGCUGCCAACGGACAUCUUUGAUGCGUUCUCCGGAAUGCUCUCAGCAUUCAAAAAGGAAUUCAAAAGCGAGACUUUGCAUGGCCUCCCCAUUGCCGUCCUUGACCUGGCCCUUUUGUGGACUCCAACCAAGACGCUGAAGGAAAGACCUGGGAGGAAGCCAACAGACACAUCUCCAUCUCCUGCGGCCUCGUCCAUUCCGUCGACGCCUGCAACAACGGGGCAUACUUUCCCAACAUGGUCCUGGGCAGGCUGGAUCGGUGGUGUUGACUACCGCCUUUUACCACUAGACAAAGAACCCCCUCCUGAGUCGCUCAUUGCAGAAAUUUACAUCCUUCGAGCCGGCAAAAUACUCCGCCCGGGCGGGUACCAGCGGCCCUGUCUCGACGAGACCGCCAAAGCCUCACCCGAACUCUUGAGGGCACAUUUCGGCCGCAUGAGCGUAGAAGUGCGACAAGCAACGCCAGAUACCACGCUGCACCUGUUUGUCCCUCACGUCUUGAACGCCGGAUUCUCCGUCUACGCAGGCAGAGCACCGGAUUACCUGAGUAGCGUUCGACACGUGUAUUUGCAGACGAAGCAGGCUGUCGUGCGCAUUCACGACAAGAAUGGCAAGCACUGCGGUAUUCUCUUCGAACAUAUGGACUACCAUGCUUUGCUCGAGCGGAUCUCCUCCUCGUCUUCCACAGACGCGAAGAUUGUCAGACAAAACAUUGAGAUGCUGCGCACGCUGAAUGAUAAACCCCUCGUCGCGAUCUCGCAGACCAAAGAUAUGUAUGGAGACCGCGCCGCCCUGAGCAGGGCUGAGGGCGAUAUCAAGCGAUUCGAUCCCUAUGAGUUCCCCACGAAGGGGCCGGGUAGUGCGUUGAUGAACGUCCUGGUCUUACAAUCUGGCGACGGUGUAUUUGAAAGGAUUGCUGUCGGCCAGAUUCAUAUCAAGGCGUGGCGAGAGGCAGAACCGAGGAGGGCUUGGGUCAAGAUAGGGUGA